AUGCGAUCACCAGAAAUGUGUCGACAACUACUGACUACGAGACCCAACAGCUGUUGGUUUGGAUUAUAAAACAAUUCAAACCGAAGUGUAUGUUAGAGUUGGGCUCAUGGAUGGGUUACAGCACCCUAUUAAUGGCCAUCUCUGCCAAAACAUAUCAAUUCACUCAUCAUAAAUCCCGGAUAUAUGCGUGCGAUUCAUAUGUUUGGCAGAAAUGGAUGAACGCCGAUGAGAUCCAAGAGAAAUGGAGUCAUUUAGAGCCCAAUUUGAUUCCCGGAAAGACUAUUGUCUUAUUCAACGGUCUGUCCAUUACAUCCAUACCUUUCUUUACCCGUAAUUGUAAUCGACUUAAAGCGUUGGCAAAACCACAUUCAAUAGCCAAAGCAUUCAUAUACAGCCCCGACCUAUCUAUCAAAAGUCAACUGGCAAACUUUAAUAUGAGCCCAAAAUUCAAUUUCCAAACGCCUCCCGAUUGGGAACAUCACUACAAGAAUGCAUUCAAUUCUUGUGUCGAUAUAUUAAGACAAGAAUUUCAUGACAAGGAGUCAAACAUUUUGUUUAUACCUUCUGUUGAGACAAUCCUUUGCGAUAAUCCAGAGGUUAUGAGAAACAAUGACUGGAUUGGUAUCAUUCAUAUGACACCAGAAUAUCCGGAAUUGUUUUAUACACCAGACCUGAAACGGUUGUGCAGUAAUCGAUACAAACAAUACAUGAAGACA